AUGAUUUUAGACCAUCUACAUACAGUUCAUGAUCGAGUGAUGGCUGACUGGGUUGCCAUUGGAAAUAAUCCUGAUAAUAUGUCCAGAUCCAAAACCCAACAAGGCGCCCUCAAAGAAGGAUUCAUUGAUCCGGCAGUACAGCUACCAGCAGAGGUUCGAAAUCUUAGUUCAGCCGACAGUAUCAAGCAUCUAUGGGAGCUUUAUCUAUUUUAUAUCAAUCACGAGCCUACUAACUGGGGACUAGCAGCUCCCAAGCAACAAUUAGUGGCUCGGAGCGGAAAGUACCUUGUUCCACCAACUCCGCCUCCGCUUUUGCCUCUGCCCUCACCAGCAACUGGAGCUUCACCUGCACCUGCACUUAAGCGAGGGAGAGAGCAGGAAGACGAUGGAGAAGAUGAUAGAGAUUCCUCAGCCCAAAGUAAGAUGCGUACUGAUACUAAUCACCCCGCUCCGGGCCUAGCAGCUCGGGGAACACCAGCCAUUCAAGCAGCGCCGAUCGUUCAAGGUGACGGUCAAGAUGACGGUCAAGAGGAUGGUCAAGAGGAUGAUCAAGAGGAUGGUCAAGAGGAUGAUCAAGAGGAUGGUCAAGAGUAUGGUCAAGAGGACGGUCAGUAUGGUGGUGAGUACGAUGGUCAGUACGGUGGUGAGUACGAUGGUCAGUAUGGUGGUGAGUACGAUGGCCAGUAUGGUGGUGAGUACGAUGGGCAGUAUGGUGGUGAGUACGAUGGUCAGUAUGGUGGUGAGUACGAUGGCCAGUAUGGUGGUGAGUACGAUGGGCAGUAUGGUGGUGAGUACGAUGGCCAGUAUGGUGGUGAGUACGAUGGUCAGUAUGGUGGUGAGUACGAUGGUCAGUAUGCUGGUGAGUACUAUGGGCAGUAUGGUGGUGAGUACGAUGGCCAGUAUGGUGGUGAGUACGAUGGUCAGUAUGGUGGUGAGUACGAUGGUCAGUAUGCUGGUGAGUACGAUGGUCAGUAUGCCGGUCAAUAUGAUUUAGAUCAAGAACUAACACAGGAGUUGGCACAAUGCGAAGAUCCAAGGUCUGCACAGAACGCCGAGGAGGUCCUGGCUCAAGCGCAUAGGGAGGCAAGAAUUCGAGAGGAAUAUCUCAGGGAAUAUGAGGAAACUCAGGAGAGAGAGAAUUCGCUCUAUCCUUUUUGA